AUGUGUGUAUCGACAAAACGUAAUAAAUUACAAAUCUAUCGAGUUGAUCGAACAAAUAUUAAUUUAAUAAACGAAAUAUCUGUACAAGAUCCAAUAAUAUCAAUCGGAAUGGACGAAUUUGGUAUUCUCGCAUGUUCGAAAACAACUUAUUUUGCUUAUAAAUCCAAUCUGAACAGCGAUCGUCGAUCAACAGAUUCCUUGCAGACUAUAUUUACAUUACAAGAUCCAAGUAUAAUGGCUUGUUUUACUACUAUCACACCGGGUGAAUACCUUCUCAAUGGUCCAAAUAUUGGCAUUACAACUACUCUGGCUGGCACAAGUGAACGAGCUCCAAUUAUGUUUAUUACGCAGCCCAAUGAUUUUAUUUAUUCUCAUCCAUAUUUAAUUGUACUUGUCAAAGAUUAUAUUCAUAUUUAUAGUUAUUUGGAUGAUCAAUUAAAACAGCAGAUGCCGUUAAAAAGUUGUCAAACGUUAAUAAAUAUCCCUCAAAGAAAUGCAAAUACUAUUCUGAUAAAUACUAAAGAUAACAUUUGUUUACUUGAAUCCCUUAGCAUCAAUCAACAAAUAGAUCAAUUACUAGAUACAUAUCGUUUACAGGAAGCAUUAACAUUAGCGGAAAGUAAUUGUUCACCAAUUGAACAACGUCGCACGAAUUCUCUUAUAAUAUCAACAAAAAAGCGAAUCGGCCUUAUUGAAUUCAAUGCUUUGAAUGUUAUUCGAGCAUUAAAUUUAUUUGAUGAUAUUAAUUUAGACUUUCAUGAGAUUAUGAUACAAAUACCAAAUUUUUUACCAUUGAAUUCUCCUUGGCCUGAUAUGGAUGAAAAUAUGAAAAGCCAAUAUAUUCUAUGGCUAAACGCAUUUGGUGAUUACAUGACAAAACGAUCCGAAGAAUUUUCUUGCCAAUCACGUAGAAUUGUAUUGAAAGAAUAUUCGAAUGACGAUACAUUUCCUGGUACUUGGAUUAUAGGAAAAUAUAUUCUCGAAAGAAACCUUGAUCGAUCAUGGGAAUUUUCCAUUGCAAAAUGGAUAUUAGAACAAAACGAAGAAGAACUUGCGGUUAAAAUAUUUAUUGAUAAAUAUCAAAGUGAAUCCAAUAAUGAUCUAUUUAAUACAAAUUCUGUUAUGAAUUUAUUAAAACCAUAUCCGGUAGCAUUGAAAAAUUAUCUUGAAGACGCUGUGUUUAAAUUAAUGAUUGAAACCGAUGAAGUUCACACAAUAUUAGUGAAUAUUUAUCUCGAUCAAAUCAUAUCCAAAUCUUCUAGCGACAAUGAUGAAGAAACUCGAUGUAAAUUGCAAGAAUUUCUUGUUAAAUCAAAUUCCUAUCGAAUUCAAUCCGUACUUCAUCGAAUCAAUCAAACAAAAUAUUUCAAACGGGAAGUUGCUCUUCUUUAUGGCAAAAUGAACGAUUUUCAACAAGCAUUUCAUGUACUUGUUGAUGAACUUGAAGAUUUUGAGUAUGCAGCAAACUAUUGCAUGGCUCUAUCGCACGAUAAAUCAAUUGACGAUCGAAAAAUAGUUGCACAUGUUUUAUUCGAUGUGUUUCUUGCUUCAUUAGAUAAACAUCCGAAAGAAAUAACUGAAGCUCUUCUUUGUCUUCUCGGUAAUAACAAAGUUGAAUUUAAUUUUAUUGAGAUUUUAAAACGUUUGCCAUCGAACUGGCCUAUUUCAUCGUUACAAACUAUUCUCUCACGCGCCAUGCGUACAUGCGCAUAUGAAGAACGUGCAGCUAAACUUGAAUUAUCUCUAAAUCGUUUACAAAAUGAAAAAUUAAACACCAAAUUAGCGAAAUUAAAACGUGCAAAUGUAACCGUUCAUGAAUAUCGACGAUGCAAACAGUGUUUGAAACAAUUCUACGAAACAUCUUGUGUUAUCUAUCAAGAUGGUAGUCAAGUUCAUGUUCAUUGUGCAAAAUAA